AUGUAUGGCACGUCUCAUUCCUUAUCUACGAUGAAUGGUAUGGACACUGUCGAUGGUUCGGGGACCAUCGACCCUGCGAACCUGAGCAACUCCGUUGCUGUUGCCCUACCAGCACCUUCCCAUGCAAUAGCAAGCCCCCGUGGUGUCAAGCGUAGUCGCACCCCAGAGCGCAGCGGGAAUGGACUCGCCGAUGCGGACCAGGAUGAUGAAGAACAAAGUCGUCGCAAGCGUGGUCGACCCCCAAAGACACCGCGAGCUGGCUCAAAUGAUCAGCCGGUCGCAAACACUCCCACUCAAACACCCCAAAUGCAAGCACGCCCACUGCCGACAUCCACCGCCGGUUCGCCGCCUCUUGCUUCACCCGAUAGCAAAGUUACACCAACCAAGUCACUGGUCAAGGCACUUCCCACUGUGAGAGACCACACAUCCGACCAGCUGAAUCCAGAGGGCGACGAGUACAUACCCAAGGAAUUUGAUGAGGCUGGAGAAACCAAGGCAGAUCCUAUGGGAUAUCUGCAGGGUGACCGUGAAUAUAAAUGCCGAACGUUCCGUGUUCCCCUCAGGGGCACGAAGCUCUUUAUGCUUGCAACCGAGUGCGCGAGGGUACUGAAUUAUCGAGAUUCAUAUCUUUUGUUCAACAAGAAUCGCUCGUUGCAUAAAAUUAUUGCUUCCCAGAUCGAGAAAGACGAUCUCAUUCAUCAAGACAUCUUGCCAUAUUCCUACCGGUCUCGUCAGAUUGCCAUCGUUUCUGCCAGGUCCAUGUUCCGACAGUUUGGGAGCCGGGUGAUUGUGAACGGGCGCAGAGUUCGAGAUGACUACUGGGAAAGCAAGGCCAUCAAGCAAGGCUUUACAGAAGAAGACAUGGCGGGGGAAAAGCGUCCCGGGGCAGCAAAGGCUCGGGAUGGACCUACGUCGGAGCCAGCUACAAAUAUGCUCCCUGCCCUUCCUCACAAUGAUGUUGUCUACAGCAGUACAAUCGAGCCUCUGCCUCCAGGUCUCUCGUUGGAUGUUGGGGACUCAAUUUCUCUGGCACCGCUGCCGAUGAUUCACAUGGCGACAGCGGAUGACCCACGACUGCGAGACUACAACGCCAUACCUCGAGCACGACAGGAAAUGACGGGGCAGCCUUAUCACGACCGCACGCAGACCAGUUCAGCAGCCGACCUUAUCAAUCAAGCUCAACACACAGCGGACUUCAAUAAAGUCCUGAGCAACCAGCGUAAUUUCCGUCAAAAGGGGUUGGAUGAAUUCUACUCCAAGCCCCGCGAGGCCCCGGUUUCGGAGGCUCAGUCUAGCACCGCUCUUGAAUCGGGCUUGUCCGUGUCGCAGCCUGUCCAGGUCUCUCAAGUUCCCCAGGCAGGAAUGUCAAAUCAAAUGCAUUCCCAGCAGCACAUGCUCCCCCAGCAAGUGCCUUUGCAGGCCAACUCAAUGAUGGCUGGACAGCCACACUAUCCCCAGCAAGCCCAUCCUCAAUCGGUUGGACAGUCUUCCCUCAGAAUGCCGCCGAACAUGCAGCCCGGCCUCAUGCAGCAGCGAUCCAACCCCCCUAUGCCUGCAGGCAUGCCGCAGGCCCCUCCCUACGGCUACCCAUCCCAGCAGCAACAGGCAUGGGGCCAGCUUCCCCCACAGCAGCAGCCAUCUCCAUUGCCCUCGUCGGGUCACCAAGGUGUUGGGAUGCCCCAAUACGGGCAACAGAUGUCCGCAGCCCCACAGCAAAGCCCAUCUCCCAUCGGCCAACACCCGCAACAGCAACACCAACUCCACCACCAGUCUCCUCGCAACCAACAGCGUCAGUCAAUACCACAGGCACCGCCGCAGUUUGCUCAGAUGCAGCACCCCCAAGCAGCUCAACCCCCAGGCAUGCAGGGAAUGGGAUACCCAGGAGGCACGCCAGCCGGCUACCCGGGCAUGCAACGCGCCAUGUACCCACCGAACCAAGCCCCCGGCGGCCAGCAGUUCAUGGCCGGCAACCCUCAACAAGCAGGCCUUGCAAUGGGCAUGGGAGGCAACGGUAUGCCUGGGUGGCCCGGCGGCCCUGGCGGGCAGAUGCAACCCGGUCAGCCUCAGCAGGGUCAGUCUGGCAGCACCCUAGGUGGAUGGAACUACUAG